AUGGUUGAAGCAAUACAACAAGCUCUUAAAGUUGAAAGUGGAUAUCACCAAAUACGUAUUCGAGAAGGUGAUGAACGGAAAACGGCUUUCAAGACAAAGGAAGAUACUGGUAUUUCUGUGGAUGAUUCUAAGAUCAAAGAAAUUGUUGAUUGGCCUGUUCCAACUUCUAUACGUGAAGUACGUAGUUUUCAUGGUUUAGCUUCAUUCUACAGAAGAUUUGUGAGGAAUUUUAGUACCAUUGCAGCUGGUUUAACAGAUUGUUUGAAGCGUGAUACUUUUGAAUGGACUAAAGAAGCAGAUAAGAGUUUUAAUUUACUCAAAGAGAAGUUAUGUAGUGCCCCUGUUCUUGCCAUGCCAAAUUUUGAUAAGCCUUUUGAGAUUCAUUGUGAUGCUUCUAUUGUUGCAAAGGUCAAUCGAAUGCAUGAUAGAUGGUUAUCUACUAUCAAUCAGUACACAUUUUCUAUUAAACAUCAUAGUGGAAAACUGAAUCAGGUGGCUGAUGCUUUGAGUAAAAGAGAUCAUCUUCUUGUCACUCUCAAACAUGAGAGUUUAGCUUUUGAUUUCUUGAAAGAUCUGUAUGGUGAAGAUAAAGAUUUUAAGAAUCUGUGGGAAAAGUGUGGUUCUUCAACAGGAAGUGUUGAUGAUUACAUCAUUCAAGAUGGUUUUCUUUUUAAAGAAAAUCGUUUAUGUAUACCACAAUGUUCUUUACGUCUUCAUUUGAUCCAAGAAUUGCAUGGAAGUGGCCUGGAAGAACGUUUUGGACGUGAUAAAACUAUUGCUUUGGUUGAGGAACGUUAUUUUUGGCCUUCAAUUCAAUGA